GAGUCAAAAUGCCUCUCUGUGAGUACUGCAGCGCUAUUGAAUUUGAGAUGCUUCGCUGUCCAACUAUUGAGGAAUUAAUAUCUCUCAACACCAAAGCGGGAGUUCCAGAUUGUUAUCCCUUCAAGUCGUCUUCUCAUAAAAGAGAUAGACCUAAAUUUAGUCUUGGCCUUCAUUACCGCGUACGACAAUCCUCAUCUGAAUGUCCUUUUUGUUCAGCAAUUUGCGAUAUCGUGUCUGAUCAGAAAGACAAUCGUAUGCGCGACCUGGACUCCUUCGAAUGUGUUGCUUCCAUCGUGGCAUGCGCUCGUGUAGUACCCGUCAAGGCGAUGGCGUGGGGACCAGAGUGCGAAUUUAUGCAUUUGUAUAGAAUUGACUUGAUUUGGUAUCCUAUUGGAGAGGGGGAGAAAACUGAUCAACCAGGAAUUCGUACAGAUACCGAAACAUUCCCGUGGUACUUCAUAAAUGACGCUUUUCAAACAUACGACGCAGAAGUAAGUGAUGACGGUACAAGUAGUAGAAAAGGCAACCAGAAGGUGGCUGUCUUUUCUGGAAGGUUAAGACCGAAGAUUAUUGAUAUCAAACGUCCAGCUCAAUGGCUUAAAGAAUGUCAAGAUAACCAUGCAGAGUGUUCCAAUUCAAAACUCCCAGGUCAAGCUGAAAUCCCAAUGUUUCGCCUGAUUGACGUGCUGGAAAGUAAAAUUGUGGAGUUUCGUGAUGUCAAUAUCGCACAUUUUGAGUAUGCAGCAUUGAGCUAUAUAUGGGGCGGUCCUCAAAAUACAGUUCUUUCGACACAUAACCGGAAAGCGCUCCAGGAACCAGGUUCUCUCGAUGGAUGCGUCUCAAAGACUGUUGAGGACGCGAUGGGGUUUUCACAACAAUUAGGAAUCCAAUAUCUAUGGGUCGAUGCCCUGUGUAUAAUUCAAAACAACGAUUCUGACAAAGUCAUACAAAUUGGUAAAAUGGGAAGCAUAUAUGCUCAUUCAAAGGUCACUCUUAUUGCUGCUUCUGGGAGAAGCGCCGAAGCUGGAUUGCCAGGAUUUGAAACUCGUCGAACAGGAAAACAGACUCAAGUUCUUAUUUCUAGGGUUGAUAGUCAAUUUUCUAUGAAGCUAAUGAGAACAUUGAACCCUCACAAUAAUGGCUUCUCAUUUUCACAUCAGCUUGAUGGCGCUGAAUGGAGUCGGAGAGGGUGGACUCUACAGGAAAGAGCACUGGCAAGACGCAGUAUUAUUUUCACCGAUGAACAGCUUAUAUGGGCCUGUAAAAAGUGCCACAGAACUGAAGAGACGUACUGCGAAACCUCAUUAGCACACACAAGCUGGUUCAGGCUCCAAGAAACAGAAUACUUUCUUGACACCUCCCUCCGGAGCUUCUUCGCUUCUGACGAUGUCAUUGAACAAACAUGGUAUCGAUUUAGACUUCUAGUCUUUGAUUUCACCAAGAGACAGCUUACUAAACCUGGGGAUGCGCAUGACGCUUUUCAUGCUAUUCUAGAACAAGUCAAGCAACUAACCGGCGAUACUUUCCUAUGGGGAUUACCUACAACGAAUUUUGAGAUGGGACUUUGUUGGGAGCCUGGCUCAUUGCUCGGCGUUAGGAGAAGAAAGGAUUUGACGGUGUUGAAAGCUACGUCUUUGGAUAGAAGAGUACCAUUUCCAUCCUGGUCUUGGUUGGGUUGGCACAAUGCAAUUAGUAUACGCGUGGAGGAAAGGUAUCGAGAUCUUGGUAUGGAUCCCGAGAUUAUAUGUUAUGUACUUCGAAAUUCACCACUCCGAUUAGUUCGGGUACCAAGAAUUUCUUCAGACGUCCCAGGAGGACACAUUCAUUUUCAUCCAUUACAAUCACGACAAUCUAGUCCAAAUGCUAUUUCGUUGGAGGACAUUCCAAAGCACUUUCCAGAACUGGGAAUUAAAAAACUCGACGACACUCCAGAUGACCAACUCAUAUUUUUCUGGGCGGAAGUCGCUCAGUUCGAGGUCUCGGAAAUCUUGACGGUGAAACACGAGAUUCCAAAAAACACGCCUUGGGAACCUCGAUAUACCCACAAGCACCGUGAUAUCAAGGAUAUGAAUGGCAAUGUGGUUGCGCAGACAGCAUAUUGCUAUUUUGAAGAAACUACGUGGGAAGAUGAAACAUCAUGUAGAGCGGAGCCUGACGCUGGUAGCGGUACUUUCGAUUUUGUUCUAAUUGCCAACGGCAACCCACCGGAUCCGGAAUCUCAACCUUCCAAAAUCGUAUUGCAGGUUGAGAGGAAGAAUGGAGUCAUGUAUAGGGUCAAUAAUGCAGAAAUACCAGAAGAAGUUUGGAAAAGAUCGGAUGCGAAAAGGAUGAUGGUGGCUCUUGGGUAAGGAUGAGUUGCUGAAUGAAACGAAACAAGAGAAAGAGUCUUAUGAGGCUAAAGCGGAUAGAGUUAUGUUGCUGAAAUUGAGGAUUUUCUGAGGCGCGUUAGUCGAUGCUAAUGGUUUGUCUGGUCCAACAGCCUUUCGACUGGUUCACAUCGUAUCAGAAUCAACUAACAAUAAAGGCCAAUAGACCAAAAAUCAAUCAAUGAGCCAAUGAACUCAUGAAAUGUAACAACGUGUUUGGUGUUUGGAGUCGUGUAAAACUACCAGCAUGUUGCCGUAGAUGUGAUGUUUGAAGUUGUAUUGAUUGAAUGGAUGCUGAGAUAUUGUUGAUGCGUGGAUAUGUCAGAUAUCAGAUAUUUAUACCAGUAUCAUCAAUCUCAAUGCAGUAAGGUACUCUAGGCAUUGGUUAUUUGUAAACCUUUUUUAGUAGUAAUCAUAGUCCCUUGGUUCUCUGCA